GCGUCUUUUCUCCGUCCAGACGUACACUCUCACUCAUUCACUGGCGCGCACACACGCACGAGGCGACGGUCUGUGGAUGUAGCCAACAGAUCUGUUACAAGAAAGUGAGGUUCUGUCAUUCUUUUCCCAUAAAGAAGGCAUUUUAAUUAUAUUUAUUUAUGCACCUAUUUAUUUUUCUAUUUCGUGGCGUUUUGUGGACACGGAGCAGAAGAGGAAGAUUUAACAUGCCAGACUUCUGAGAAGAGGACCCCUCCGCCCCCACCAGCAUUUCCAGUUUUUUUUUCCGUCUGUGGAAGUAAUCUCCACAGUGUGCGUGGAGAACAUGGGGGCAAAUAUGAUCCAAACCAAAGGAAAUAUCUUUUCUCCGGCGCUACUGAAACUAUUGUUUCUAGUCGCGCUCAUCCACGGAACAACCGGUAAGACUCUGAAGUACAAAGUUUAUGAGGAGCAGAAAGUCGGCACCGUUAUUGCACGGUUGAAGGAGGACGUCGCCGCGAUUUUAUCCAAGCUGCCGAAUUCCCCGGCUUUUCGGUUCCGCGCGAUGCAGCGAGGCACUACGUCGUUCCUGUCUGUGCGCGAGGAGGACGGGGAAAUCAGCGUCGGCACCAAAAUCGACCGCGAGAGGCUCUGUGAGAAAAACCUGAACUGCACGAUCGAAUUCGACGUGGUCACGCUCCCGACGGAGCAUCUGCAGUUGUUCCAUGUGGAGGUGGAGGUGCUCGACAUUAACGACAACUCUCCCUACUUCUCGCGCUCCAUUGUCCCCAUGGAGAUCUCAGAGAGCGCAUCCGUCGGGACGCGCUUCCCCCUGGACGGCGCAGUGGAUGCGGACGUUGGAGUCAAUUCCCUGCACACCUACUCCUUGACCACCAACAACUUUUUCAAGAUCGACGUUAGAACCCGAACGGACGGGGCCAAAUAUGCGGAACUGGUGGUGAUGAGGGAACUGGACCGGGAGGUGCAGUCCAGCUACCAGCUGCAGCUCACAGCCUCUGAUAACGGUGCUCCCCCGAAGUCUGGCUCCACUUUGCUUAAGAUUAACAUUCUAGACUCCAACGACAACAGCCCGGUGUUUGACGAACAAGCUUAUAUCAUCAACUUGCUGGAAAACUCCCCCCUCGGAACUCUAAUCGUUGACUUGAACGCCACAGAUCCAGACGAGGGCACUAAUGGGAAAAUCGUGUACUCCUUCAGCAGUCACGUCUCACCAAAGAUUUUGGAAACAUUUAAGAUAAACCCAGAAAACGGCCACAUCACCCUCCUUAAAAAAGUGGACUAUGAAACCACAGCUUCUUAUGAGUUGGACGUCCAGGCUCAGGACUUGGGCCCAAACUCUAUCCCUGGACUUUGUAAAAUUGUGGUGAAAGUGGUGGACGUGAAUGACAACAAACCAGAGAUAAACAUCAACCUGAUGACCCCUGGCAAAGAGGAGGUGGCCUACAUUUCUGAGGGAGCCCCUGUGGACACGUUCAUAGCUCUGGUGCGUGUUGAUGACAGUGAUGCUGGGCUCAAUGGUGAAGUGGUGUGUAGGCUGCACGGCCACGGCCACUUCAGGCUGCAGAAAACCUAUGAGAAGAACUACAUGAUUCUCACCAAUGUGUCACUGGACAGAGAAAAGAGGUCAGAGUACAGCCUCACAGUGAUCGCCGAGGAUAAGGGUUCUCCCAGCCUCUCCACCAUCAAACACUUCACCGUUCAGGUGUUGGAUGAAAAUGACAAUCCCCCACGUUUUGAAAAGAGCCGCUAUGAGGUCUUUAAAUCAGAGAACAACUCUCCAGGAGCCUACCUGAUGACCGUGGUGGCCUCAGAUCCCGAUCUGGGAACCAAUGGCCAGGUGACCUACAGCAUCAUAGACGCAAUGGUCCAAGGGAGCCCCAUCUCCACAUAUGUCACCAUUGACCCGUCUAAUGGCGCUGUGUAUGCGCUACGCAGCUUUGACCAUGAAGAUGUGAGCCGGAUCACCUUCACCGUUCAGGCACGCGAUGGCGGGAACCCGGUGCUGUCGGCAAACACCACCAUUCUGCUGACGGUUUUGGACGAAAACGACAACUCGCCCGUCAUUCACUCCCCCUCUCUUCGGAAUCACACUGCCGAGCUUCCUGUUUGGAAGUACGCGUCACCGGGCCAGUUGAUCACCGCACUUAAAGUUACAGAUCGCGACGCUGGGGCCAACGGCGAACUGAGCUGCACCAUAGUUGGUGGAAAUGAGGAUGGACUGUUUGUGAUGGAUGCCAGGCGAUGUGAGCUCAGAACCAAUGGCAGUCUUGAACAGGCUCCACAGGACGUGAUGGAGAUCAGGGUGGAAGUGCAUGACAGGGGAACACAGCGCCUCACUGCUGGAGCCCUCCUCAGGCUGUCCCUGCAGGAGAACAUGGACAUGCUUCCCCCUCUGUACCCCACCAGUCACCCACCCCUGGACCUCUCUCUCAUUGUCAUCAUCUCUCUGGGGGCUGUCUGUGCUCUACUCCUCAUCGUCAUGGUAAUGUUUGCCACUGCCCGCUGCAACCGUGAGAAGAAGGACCCCAGACACAACUACAACUGCCGUGUGGCAGAGAACAGCUAUCAGAACCACCCCAAGAAGCCCGCCAGGCAGAUCCACAAGGCGGACAUCACCCUGGUUCCGACAGCCAACGGGACUCUGCCCGUGCGCUCACACCCACGCUCCCCCUCUGCCUCUCCCACACCUGAAAGGGGCACUCUGGGGAGCAGACAGAGCCACCACAGCCGACAGUCACUCAACAGCCUAGUAACCAUUUCCUCCAAUCAUGUGCCGGAGAACUUUGCACUGGAGCUGGCCCACGCCACCCCUCCUGUGGAGCAAGUCUCACAGCUUCUGUCCAUGCUCCAUCAGGGCCAGUACCAGCCACGACCCAGCUUCAGGGGCAACAAAUACACCAGGAGCUACAGAUACGCCCUGAAUGAGAUGGACAAGUUCAGUCUGAAGGACAGCGGGCGUGGGGACAGUGAGGCCGGUGACAGCGACUACGACCCUGGCAGGGAGUCACCCAUGGACAGGCUCCUUGGUGAGGGCUUUACUGAGAUAUAUGCUCCUGAUGGCCAGCACAGAACGCAUGCAGCGAUGCGGCUCUGCACAGAGGAGUGUCGUGUGCUGGGCCACUCGGAUCAGUGCUGGAUGCCCCCACUGGCAGCGCACCCCUCGUCCUCCUCCGACUACCGCAGCAACCUCUACAUCCCUGGGGAGGAGGCUCGCCAGGCCAGCGACCCGUCACAGGAGACCGUGCCGCAGCCCUGCACCGACGCUGGGACCGCGAGGAGCCAGAGCUUCUCUACGUUUGGCAAAGAUCUGGGCGGUGAAGACGGAGGGGAGGAGGGAGCGGGGGAGAGCGGAAGGUGCAGCGACAGAGAUGAAGACCUGUGUGGCACCACAUCCCUGCUGUCGGAGAUGAGCAGUGUGUUCCAGAGGCUGCUCCCCCAGGGCCUGGACUCCUACAUCCAGGUGAACGAGAACCCCAAGGGCUCCAGCCUGAGCGGGGUGGGGGUGCCCUUGGCCGGAUCUUUGGAUCGCAGACGGGGCCAUUUGCCGGGCAAGCCCAGCCCCUCCGCCCACCAGCAGGGCGUGGCCGCCUGGGCUGCCAACACCCACUUCCAAAACCCAGGAAGCAGCAUCGGCCCGUCCGGGCAUCACCAGGGUGGCAGCUACCACACCCUGAAACCCAGCACUAAGCUCAGCUCCCAGAGCUGCAACCAAAAGGGCUCGCAGGCGCCCAAGAACAGCCCUCAGAACAGUGGCCACUCAGCGAAGCUCGGCAGCCCCCUCCUCACGGCGCUGGUCAGUCCCACCCUGGUGCAGCCAUCCCCGGCUCCUGCGCCGGUGCCGGCGGCGCUUCCCGGGCCUUCCUCCAAGUGGCUGCCUGCCAUGGAGGAGAUCCCGGAGAACUACGAGGAGGACGACUUUGACUCGGUGCUGAGCCACCUUCAGGGCAAACGCAGUGACAGCAGGCACGAGCUGGUGGACGCCAGCGAGCUGGUGGCCGAGAUCAACAAACUCCUGCAGGACGUCCGGCAGAGCUAGACCUCCUGGUUCUAACUAUUUAUUUAUUCACCUCCUGGGAGGGGUCGUGGGGACCAAGACUAAAAAAGACCUGCAAGUGUUGUUAACGUUGCAUUUCAAAUGUAAUAAUUGUGUUUUGUGAAUGCUAAGUAUCCAAAAAUAUGUUUGUAUUGCUGGUUUGGUACACAAUGUACAACGUGACUGUAUUUAUCUUUGUAUUUUAAAAAUACAUUUGUAUACUUAUAUUUAUAGACCUGUAUAUACAGUUAAUCAGAAUUCUAUUUUUAUAUUUAAAUGCAUGUGAAGUAAAAAGCGUUGAAUCAAGACUUUGACAUGCGAUUGACAUUCUACGUAUUUAAACUGUCUUUUGUAUCGUGAUUCUUUUUUAAUUUGCGACUAUGAUAUCUAUACAUGAAUAUAUGAAUGAAUUAAUGGAAUUAACUUGGACACUUGUCUUUGUGAAUUAUCACAAAUAAAAAAAAUAUUCAGUGUG